AUGGUUGCUGAAGAGCCCGAAGCAAAGAAGCAAAUAAAUGAGGAAUGCAUCAUAAACCGCCUCCCAGGAGACCUCAUUGAGCGGAUAUUUUUUAGGCUUCCAGUGAGCACUUUGUUGACGUGCCGUGGCGUCUGCAAGCAGUGGCAGAACUUCAUCCGGGACCCACAGUUUGCCGCAUCACACCUCCGGCUUGCACCCAGUUAUGCUCUUCUGUUCUUCCCGCAAGGUUUGGUUUCCGGCGAGCUCUACCCAAGUGAUGCUAUCCUAAUUGACGAAGCCUGGUCACCGUCGACAUAUGCAGUGCCAGUGAUUGGUCCUGAUGAUUUCCUUUUCGGCUCAUGCAAUGGCCUUCUUGGGUCAUACACAAAGACAUCAACGAUCAAGAUAGCUAACCUUGCAACUGGUGAAUAUCUACAUCUUGAGAAACCUUCCAAGAAUGUGAAAGGUGAUCACUAUUGUUUCUACAGCUUUGGGUUUCAUCCCGUGACAAAAGAAUACAAGAUCACACACUUCCUUGGUGACUGCAUUGAUGGUCGCCCCCAUAAUAAAGACAGGUUCAACAUCAUUCAAGUUUACACGCUUGGUGAUGAGAAAUGGAAAGAUAUCCGCACUCCAGAACCUCUUAGCUUGAUCAGUGUGAGAAACUCUGGAGUUGUCAAUGUUGAUGGCAGAAUGUAUUGGUUAACUGAAGACAUGCUAGUUAGCUGGCAGCAUGCAGUUAUUUCCUUUGAUCUCAGGGAAGAAAGUUUUGCGAUGAUACAACUGCCGGCAGAGCGUGAAGAUGAGGAUCGUUAUGGUCCUCGUAAGUUCUGGAUCAGAGAAAUGCAUGGGAAAAUAUGCAUAGUAACUGCUCAACCAAGUCGUUAUGAUCCCAGAGCUCUUCUUGGUGAGCUGCAGAUCUGGACACUUGAGAACAUGGUAGAGCAACAAAGGUGGAGCAAGAAGUACAAUAUUAAGAACCCACCGAAUUACAUUCCAGGUCCACAUUCUGUUCACAGGGAUAGGAUCAUGACGCAACUUUACAACAGCGUGUGUUCAUAUGAGUUGUUUAGUGAAAACUUCGAGAUUGAUUUGAGCAAGAAGCUGAAGCUGUUUGAUUCCAAACCCCGUUGGAUGUACAACAUGCAAUCCUACAUCGUUGUGAAAUCACUUGUAUCUUUAGAUGUAUAUAAAAAGGCUGGCAUUGUGCGCAGACCGAAACAGCAAGUAGGCUGGGAAUUGAAGAAGUGGAAGGCAUGGGAGGAUAAGCGUCGUGAGGCAGAGGAUAUACGAUGCCGUGUCCACAAACACGAGCAUGCCUUAUUUGGAAAUGCAGAAAAAAUGGGUAAAAUGUAUCAGUCUUUGCAGGAUAAGCCACAUGAUGUAGCAGAACGUCUACGCGCAGAACUCAAUCAGGUGUUGCAGGACAUGCCGGAUAAUCCAAGUCAGCCAAAGUCCCCCCGGAGGCUUAAUUGGGUGGAGCAGAAGCAGGACUAUGAGAAGUUGAUGGCCCGUUCAGUGAAACUGAAAGAAAGGGCUCAGGUCAUGAAGCAGGCACAUGAUAACAUCUUGAGCAUCAUUUGUGCGCCCCGAGAUGUCCUUCUGUUCUUCCAGCAAGAGUCGGUCUCAGGCGAGCCCUACCCUAGUGAUGCUAUCCUAAUUGACGAAGCCUGGUCGCCAUCGACACGCGCAGUGCCAGUGAUUGGGCCUGAUGAUUUCCUUUUUGGUUCAUGCAAUGGACUCCUUGGCUUAUACACAAAGACAUCAACUAUCAAGAUAGCUAACCUUGCAACUGGUGAAUGUCUACAUCUUGAGAAACCUGCGAAGAAUGUGAAGGGUGAUCACUUCUCUUUCUACAGCUUUGGAUUUCAUCCCGUGACAAAAGAAUACAAGAUUACACACUUCCUUGGUGAUUGUGUUGAGGGUCGCCCCCGUAAUAAAGACAGCUUCAGUGUCAUUCAAGUUUACACGCUUGGUGAUGAGAAAUGGAAAGAUAUCCGUACUCCAGAAGCUCUUAGCUUGAUCGCUGUAAGAAACUCUGGAGUUGUCAAUGUUGAUGGCAAAAUUUAUUGGUUGACUGAAGAAAUGUUAGCUAGCUGGCAGCAUGCGGUUAUGUCCUUUGAUCUCAGGGAAGAAAGUUUUGCAAUAAUUCAACUGCCAGCAGCACGUGAAGAUCAUGAUUAUUAUGGUCCUCGUCCACAUUUUGUUCACAGGGAUAGGAUCCUCGCACAGCUUUGCAGCGAUGUAUACAAGAAGGCUGGCAUUGUACAUAGACCAAAACAGCGUGAAGGCUGGCAAUUGAAGAAGUGGGAGACAUGGAAGCGUAGGCUUAGCAAGUUAGUGGAUAUGCAGUGCCAGAUGCACAAAUUUGAGCACAACUUACUUGAAAUCGCAGAAACAAUGGGGGGAAGGUGCCAGUUUUUGAAGGAUAAGCAACAUAACAUAGCAGAACAUGUACUCACGGAACUCAAACAGGUGUCAGGUGUUACAGCACAAACCAGAUAA